CUAUUUAAAUUCUUUAAUGAAGAAAGUCUAACAACAGUAUAAAGAAUCUCAAAAUUUUCUAGGGGGAGCUCAGAAGCUUCUAGGGGGAGCUCCGCUGCCCCAAGCUCCCCCGGUGGCUCCGCCACUAAUUCUUUCCUGAAGAAAGAACAUAUGCGACAAUUUCAAAAUAAAAAUGUUUCUCUUUUAGGUUCACAAGCACAAAUGCAAAGUCGAGAAAUAAGAUUUGAACCUGUGAUGGCUACAACACAAGAUGAAGAAUCUGACCAAGAUUUAGAUAAAAAUCAUCAAUCAAAAUCAUUCAAAAGACAGCAAAUAGUAGCUAUGUCAGGGGUGAGAGUAAAAAAAUCGAAAUACCUGCCAGGGAGGAUUCGUAAGGGAUACCAAGCACCACGCAAAGUACCCGUAACAUAG